AUGGCUGCACCAAUCGUCCUCCUCUCGCCUCCAGCGGCCUCCCUUUUCCAGUUCCCGCCUCACUCAGGGCCGCGUGUUAUCCCUCCUCCGAGCUUUAACGCACCUUUCCACAUACCAGACAACCUAUACGUCAACGCCUUGGACCCAAGAGUGCCUCUCACCAUCGCUGCCGUCUACGCGGUCACCGCUAAGGCGCUUAACGCAUACAACAGGUCAAACGGCAAGAAGCCAUGGGCUAUCAGCAAGACAAAGGCAUUCCACUUCUUGGUCGUUCUCCAUAACGUCUUCCUUGCUGUAUAUUCGGCAUGGACCUGGUUAGGCAUGUUGAAUACCUUCCGGAACUCGAUUGUGAGCCCGGCUGGACCCAAUGGCUGGGCCGGUACUGUUGACAGUAUCUGCAAGAUCCACGGAACUGCUGGUCUGGAAAAUGGUAUCAAUUACAACCAGGCUCGAGGAAUCUGGGAACCAUCGUUAGGUGCCGGUGCUAUGAAUACUCUAUAUUCUCCCAGUCCAGAUGACCGGGGCCGAAUUUGGAACGAGGGUUUGGCAUUCUACGGUUGGAUAUUUUACAUCAGCAAGUUCUACGAGGUUAUUGAUACCCUGAUUAUCCUUGCCAAGGGCAAAUACAGCUCGACACUCCAGACCUACCAUCACGCCGGUGCUAUGAUGGCCAUGUGGGCUGGUAUGCGUUACAUGUCGACACCCAUCUGGAUCUUUGUCUUCUUUAACUCGGCCAUCCAUGCUCUCAUGUACACCUACUUUACCGUGACAGCUUUCAACAUCCGCGUCCCUCAGGUGGUCAAGCGUACACUUACCUCGCUUCAGAUCUCACAAUUCAUUAUUGGUGCUUCCGUUGCCAUUGUCCAUUCGUUCAUGUCGUACUUGGUUCCGGUUCAGAUCGAGGUUGCUGCUGCUGAAGCUAGCGCCGCAGCAUCGAGUAUCUCUGCUUCUGCAAGCGCGACUCCCAGCGCCGCUAGCUUUGUUAAUGGUCUCAAGAAAACACUUUUCGGCGCUGCCGAAGCUGCUGGUGCUGCCGCCGUGGUGUCCUCGUCCGAAGCCAAUUCCACGCACCAGGGAGCCAGUUACGUAACUAGGUACCAAAAGGUUGACUGUAUUACAACAAGCGGUGCAACCUUCGCCAUUUGGCUUAACGUUAUCUACCUUGCACCUUUGACUUACCUCUUUGUGUCGUUCUUCAUCACGAGCUAUCUGCGCCGUAGCAAGGCUGAGGUCGUCCGUGCUAAGAGCAACCCGGACCGCCGCCUAAGCAAUGUUAUGCUAGCAGAGAAGGCUAGUUGGGAUGCAGCAAAGGGCCUUGAGCGCGAGGUGUAUGGCGAGAGCAAGGAUGGCGCUAUUAUCGAAGACAGCGAUGAUUCAACUAACAACGACAAGCUUCAUCCGUCAUCGGCUGCUCGAGCCAACGGGGUUAACUCGAAGGCUAGGUAA